AUGGCCACUCAAUUGUCACUUAGGUCAUUGUUAGAUAAUGAUAAGUUGACCGGUCCCAACUUUUCAAUCUGGCUUAGAAAGCUUAAGAUCGUCCUAGAACACGAGAGGACCAUGUAUAUAAUUACUGAUCCGGCACCUGAAUUGCCUCCUGCUAAUGCACGGGUAGCAAUCCGUGACGCUUACCAGAAAUGGACGAGUGAUCGGAUCACUGUCCGGUGCAUUAUGCUAGCGGAAAUGAGCGACGAAUUCUCGCGGAGAUUCGAGAGUGCUCAGCCGAACGAGAUCAUUCAAGUGUUGAAUGAAUCAUUUGGCGUCCCUGAUGAUGAUAAAAGAUAUAGUACCAGUUGCUGUAUCUUCAACGCCAAACUUAGGGAAGGGGCCUCUGUUACGGACCAUGUACUGUACAUGAUCGAGUUGAUAGAGCGCCUGAGCAAACUCGGCUUUUCCCUGCAUGAACAAUUGGGAAAGGACGCGAUUUUGAAUUCCUUGCCUGAUUCCUACCGACCAUUCCUCACUCAUUAUAGAAUGACAAAGCCUGUACUCAACUUCCAUGGUCUUUUGGGGUUGUUGCAGAACUUUGAGAAGGAUAACCAGCUCAGGAAAGGGCCGGUUAAUGUGGUUGGUGGUGGGGCAGGACGUCGUCCCUUUGGGAAAGGGAAAAAACAAAAAUAA